AUGCCCAAGGGAUGGUUCAAUAUCGAUGAUCAGACGGAUGAUAUCAUCUUUGGAGGGGAGAAGUCGGCAUUCUCAAGUCUCGGACUCACGCGAUAUCAGCGUCUUGGUGGAUUUGUGAUCUGCUUCAUUGCUGGGUUUGGUAUCUCCAUUCUUGGCGCUAUCAUGCUGUUCUUGGGAGCGACAGGAGCAUUUGCAACUCUCUUUGCCGUCGGAGCGAUCGUCUCGCUGAUCGGGACGGGUUUCUUGAUCGGUUUCCGAACCCAGCUCGAGAAAAUGUUCAAACCUGUUCGAGUGGUCGCUACGAUACUCCUUUUCGCAGCUAUUGCCAUGACCUUUGUCAGUGCAUUCGUUCUACCUGCAAUCUUGUGCAUCGUCUUCGUUAUUGUGCAAUAUCUCGCUUUCCUCUGGUAUUCUCUCAGCUAUGUGCCAUACGCUCGAACGAUGGUCAAGAAUAUGGUAGGAAUGAAAUGA